AGCACCGCCCAGAGCUGAGGGGAUGAACUUUGUCACAAAUAUCAGGGAGCUGCAUUAUUCCUCCCUCUGGAAGCUUUCACUGACACAUGUCUGCAGUGUUGUGAGCUCUGCAAAAUGUACUUCUGGUUCACUGUUUUGGUCGGACUGGCCAUCCUGUCCCUGUCAUUCCUCAGGGCAUGUUUCCCUUACUUUGGCGAGGACUUCGCGUACAUCAUGAGGAGUAUUCAACUUGGUAUCAGGCUCGUCAAAUACAAGAAAAACAAACCUUUUUACAGCAUCUUGGACUGCUUCUUGGAUAGAGUGAAGAGGCACCCCGCUAAGACAUUUGUACACUUUGAGGGUCGGGAGUAUUCCUAUGGAGAGGUGGAUAAACAGAGCAACAAGGUGGCCAGAGCUCUGCAGGCUGCAGCCCGGCUGAAGGAGGGGGACACUGUCGCCUUAUUUCUAGCCAACGAACCCAGUUACAUAUGGAUUUGGCUCGGUUUGACCAAGCUGGGCUGUCCAGCAGCUCUGCUUAACUUUAACAUAAGAUCCAAGUCUCUGUUGCACUGUUUCUCCUGCUGUGGGGCCAAAGUGAUCAUCGCCUCUGCAGAGCUGCAGGACGCUGUGGAGGAGGUCCUCCCGACGCUGACAGAGCAGGGUAUCAGCGUGUACCUCCUGUCAGAGGCCUGCAGCAUACAGGGCAUAAACACUUUAUCUGACAAGAUCUCACAGGCCUCAGAUCAGCCGCUGUCCCGGGACCUCAGAGCCAACAUCCACAUCAGGAGUACUGCUCUGUACAUCUACACGUCAGGCACUACAGGUUUGCCUAAAGCAGCUGUUGUCACUCAUGAGAGGGUUUUGGCCGCCUCCUUCAUCCAGGCGGCAUGUGGAGUCACGUCGGAAGACAUCUUCUACAUCAAUCUGCCUCUCUAUCACAGUGCAGGCUUCCUUAUCGGGAUGGUCGGAGGCAUCGAGAGAGGUAUGACAAUUUUUCUGAGGAGGAAGUUCUCUGCCUCUCAGUUCUGGGACGACUGCAGGAAGUAUAACAUAACAGUGAUGCAGUACAUUGGUGAAACUAUGCGCUACCUCUGCAACACACCCAAGAAAGACAAUGAGAAGAACCACGGAGUGAGGAUCGCCAUCGGCAACGGAGUCCGCACAGACAUUUGGACCGAGUUUCUGAAUCGCUUCGGGAACAUUAAAGUCAGAGAGCUGUACGCUGCCACGGAGGGAAACAUCGGCUUCAUCAAUUACACGUCUAAGAUCGGUGCAGUGGGACGAGUCAAUUUUGUCCACAAGUUUUUCUUCCCCUACACUUUGAUCAAGUUUAACAUUGAGAAGGAGGAGCCUGUCAGGAACUCUGAGGGUCUGUGCAUCGAGGUAUCCCCAGGUGAGACUGGACUUUUGGUGGGAAAGAUUACUCAGAGGUCUCCUUUUAUUGGCUACGCUGGCAACCAGCAACAGACUGAGAAGAAGAGGCUUCGCGACGUGUUGAAAAAAGGCGACUUGUACUUCAACACUGGAGAUUUGCUGCGGCUCGAUCACGAAAAGUUUGUGUACUUUCAGGACAGAGUUGGCGACACUUUCAGAUGGAAAGGAGAGAACGUUGCCACGUCAGAGGUUGCAGACAUUCUCACAAUGGCUCCUUGCAUUUUGGAGGCAAACGUCUACGGUGUUAAAGUUGAAGGUCAUGAGGGGCGGAUCGGCAUGGCAGCUGUCAUUUUGAAAGAAGGAGAAGCAUUUGACUGUUCAGGCACCUACAAGCAGGUCGCCAACUACCUCCCAGCUUACGCAAGACCUCGAUUCAUCAGGAUUCAGGCGUGCCUGGAGAUGACGGGGACGUUCAAGAUGAAGAAAGUGAGGUUGGUGGAGGAGGGAUUCAACCCAGCUCACAUCCAAGAUUCUUUGUACUUUUUAGAUCCUGAGAAAAAGACGUACAUCCCCAUGACUGAGGACAUCUACAGAGCGAUCGCUUCUAGGGAAAUAAAACUCUAACACGGAAACUUUUAAGUAGUCAGUGAGCCAGACGACCCGUUUGUUUACAGCAUAGCAGCUUAUCCACGGAUCUUUUAACAAUCAACUAAUCUCAGGGACCAGACUGACUUUGAAACAUUACAUAACGGUUAAGGAGACCACUUUUUUUAAUUAACACAACUACUGUGGAUCCCUAUAGUUUUUGUAUUUCAUAAUGCAGACAGUAUGUGAUCUUACUGCCAUGAUUGUGUUUUUAAUAAUUCAACUCUGGUUGUGACUCUUAAAUUGUGAUAAGCCAGAUAAGGCAUGUCAAUGAUGUAGCAUUUAAAUUUUCAUUUUUAAGCCAAAAUCUUCUCUUGAGCUUUUGUUGCAUUAGACAGAUGAUACUAAAAAAAAUAAAGAUAAAAAAAAAAGGUCAGAUAUUACACAGUUGUACAUUAACUUGGGAUAUUCAACUUAGUUACGUCACAUUUAGUACGAUCUGUGGUGGGUUUAUCAGUGAACCUUUGCACAGAUGUUGUGUACAGCCAGUCUUUAUCAGCUUGUGUGUAGAACAGGCACAUACCCGUGUAAAGAUAUGUGAGGUAGGGUAUUUUACCCUCAAGUGAUAUUGUUGAGCAACUUUUUGACUGAUGGCCAUUGGUUGAGCAACCUUUGACAUAAAAUGAUACUUGGUCACAAGUUUAGGCAUGCGACAAAUGUAGCAAAAAUGUCAAAAUCAGCUGGUUUCAGAAAGUAAGUGAAAGUUGACAUUUGUAAUGUUGCCUAAAGUUAAAGUCUCCUCUAUGACACAAAUGUUUUAUUUUUAUUUUUUAUUGUUCAUUAACUUGAAUGUUUGAGUUUUACUGUGCAGAGUUUGACACAAGAAGUUUUCUGUGCUCAUUUUAAAUCUCAGUAUGAUUUUUUUUGUCAUGACCUUUGGGUUAGAAGCUAUCCAUGAACAUGAAUUUCAGAGGUUUGUGGUGCAUUGUAAUGACAGGUGUUUAUAAUCUAACAGCAGCUUCUGAAAUUGUCAAAACAGAAUCAUCAACUCACUAAAACUGUUGAAACAUUAUAACCUUCAUCAAAGUAGGCUUCACUGCAGGACUGUUGUGUUAGAGUACAUUCGUUUUAGCUUGGUGUACCUAAUAAACUGGAAACCAUG